AGAACUAAAAUUACUUUGUAUUCUUUAUAGUUGCCCCGCUUCUAGUUGAGUGCAAGAUGCAUUGGGAGUGCAGAUUAACGUAUACAAAAUUACCCAUGGUGAUUGAGCUGUUUUUUAGCGAAGAUAUAUCUCAUCUAAACAUAAACCUGAACAAGGUUGAUCCUAAUCUACACCUUUGUGUUUUAAGGAGUAUUAUGGCAAUGCUGACCAAGCUUCCCCGACGAAACUUCCCUCUGUUGCGAAGCUUUGUUAUCCGUGGGAUGACUCAUAGAUCUGAUUAUUAUAUCACACAGUUAGAGGAGAUAGUAUCUGAGCUGCAGCAAUCUGCCUCUAACCUAGAAAACCUGUAUUUACUCACGGCCAGUAACAUCGUUCUUGGGUCAGUGGCACAAAUGAAGAAUCUCCGCGCAUUUCGUUGUGAUCACUCUGUUAAUUUAAGUCGACGCGGCAUUGGUCUGCUGUGUCGCAAGGAUGCUGCGUCCAGAACAACGCUGGAAGUUCUCCACAUUGGAAUAUACAAGCACAGUCGGUUUGUCAAAGAGGAUGCAUCAAUCCUUUUAAGGAGUUUGGAAAAUCUGAAGGAGUUCUCCUUUCUAGACGAGAGAAGGUGUCUGCUACGGGUCCCUUGGGGAGAAGGAGGUGUUGGGGAAAAAGUAUUUGCCUACUCAACCUUUAAGACUGCCAUCAAGCAGCACGAGAAGAAAAUGGAAGAGGAAAAGAGGAAACUGAGGAUGCGCAAGGAAAAAGUUGACGGAGAUCAGGAGGAGGAUAAGGGAACAAGCAGUUCAUCACUUUUGGCUACAAGUCUUAGGGAGAUUACUGUCGUGGAUAGGAGCUUAAAACCACACUACCUUCUAGAAUCGGCUCCACAGCUUCAGAGGUUGUCAAUUGCUUGGCAGGAGGAGCUUUGCUACCAAUUGGACCGAAGAUUUAACCGUGAUUGGUUCUCUGAAAUGAUAAGGAAACCGUCCUGGGUUAUCCUUGCUAACAAGCUCACAAGGUUGGAUAUAUCCUUCCCCGCCAGCUACAGCUGUAACACCUACGGUCUACCCCUUCGAGAUUACACGGAGCUCAUGAAGAACCUGGAGAACCUAACUUCGCUCAGACUUGUCGGAGCCAAGACAGACGAACCCUUCCCUCUUCUUCCUACUCUAAAGUAAGCAAAAUUCACCA